AUGACUGAUCAGCCACAAGCACAGGCAGAUGUUGACAUCUUUUAAUAAACAAUGGAAAAGAAGUAAAAUUUAUAUGUUUAUAAGUCUAGUUCUCAACGAGCAUCUAUUUUUGAAAUAGUUUUGGAAAGCACAUUAUUUUAAGUAAUAAUUAACAUUCUGACUCUAUAUGCUCUUUUUGGAGAUGAUAUCAGAGUAGCUGCUUUUCGUUUAAGUGCAGACAUAGUUUUUGAUGCUUUGAACAUUACAUGUUUGGUAAGAACAGUUUUAUUAAUGGGUUUAGAUAAUGUUUUCAAGUGAAAUCAUACUGUCAGUAAUAGUUAAAGAAGGAUACUUUCUGUCCUUCUUCUUUUGGCUUGAUACAAUUUCAACAAUUUCUUUAUUGCUUGAUAUUAGUCUUUUCAAUUAGGCUGUUGGAUUGAGUGGAGCAGGAGGUUAAGCUAAAAACACAGCAGGAUUGGCAAGAGCAGGAAGAGCAUCUAGAGUUGGAACUAAAGCAGGUAGAGUAGUUAGGUUAGUGAGAUUGAUAAGGUUGGUUAAAGUUUACAAAUCUGCUAACAAAGAUGAUGAAGAUAAAGUUUAGAAAUUACUUUCUUAAAGAAGAUAGAAAAGAAAAGCUAAUACAGUGGAACCACAAAUAUAAGAUAGGCCUGAUUAAAAUAAUCCUGGAUAGAGUGAGGAAGGAGAAACCAAAGAAUCUAAAGUAUCAAAAAUGUUAUCAGAUUCAACUACUAAAAAGGUUAUUAUUGUUGUCUUGGCUUUAUUAUUUUUGAUUCCCUUGUUUUCAGUAGAUUACUUUGUGUCUCCACCUACAAGUAUGUUGAUGUAAUCUUAAUAAUUUGUAAAACUGGCUGAAUCAGAAGCAUCAACUUAUGAAGAUGUGAAAAAUGCAUAUGAUUAAAUUAUUAUUGAUCAUAGUGGCAUUGACAAUUCUAUUGUUUUAUUCACUAGUCCUCUUUACAAUUAUAAGGAUUUCCCCAUUUAUGAACAUGAAGAUUAUCCAAAUUUAAGAACUGAUGAAUAAGAUGUUGGAGCAUAUACCUUAGAUUAUGAAGUUCUCAUAAAAACUACUAAUUUACCUGAAGCUGCAAUUGCAGGUUUUGAGUAUUUUAAUUAAAUAAUAUUCUUUUAGUAAAGAAAAUCCUGAUGUUGUUGGUAUCUUGAGUACAAGAUAAGCUGCUGUAAUGACAAGUAUCUUAUCAAUUAUCAGAACUAUCUUUGUUAGUAUAGUCUUGACUUUUGGAGCUAUGAUGUUUUCAAAGGAUUCUAAUGAUUUAGCAUUGAGACCCUUAGAAAGAAUGAUUGAUAAAAUUAAUAAAAUAGCUAAUGAUCCUUAAAUUGUUACAGAAAUGGCUGUUAUAUAAAAUGAAAACUCUAAUGAAACAGUUAAGAUUGAAAAUACAAUUGUUAAAAUUGGAACAUUAUUAGCUUUAGGAUUUGGUGAUGCUGGUACUGAAAUUAUUAGAAUAAAUAUGAAAAAGUAAGGAGAUGUUGAUCCUAUGUUACCUGGAAUCAAAAAAGUAGCUAUUUAUGGUUUUUGUGAUAUCAGAAAUUUUACAGAUGCAACUGAAGUUCUUUAAGAAGAUGUUAUGGUGUUUGUUAAUAACAUAGGAGAUAUAGUACAUACAAUGGUUGAUAGAUAUCUUGGAGCAGCAAACAAGAAUAUUGGUGAUGCAUUUCUAUUGGUUUGGAAAACAAGACCAGAAACUUAUUCUUUUGAAGAAGAUAAUGUAAUUUGGCAUGAUAAAUAGUAAUACAAUAUUAUUAUAUUAUAGAUAUAUAUAAACCUUAUCUGAUUGUGCCUUAAUUUCUUUUAUGAAAAUUCAAUGCAAAAUCAAUAGAGAACCAAAGAUCUUAGCUUAUCGAUAAGAUAAAAGACUCUAAGCUAGAAUGGACAAUUAUAAAGUCAAAAUAGGAUUUGGACUUCAUAUGGGAUGGGGAAUUGAAGGAGCUAUUGGAUCUAAUUAUAAAAUUGAUGCUUCAUAUUUGAGUCCUAAUGUUAAUAUGGCAUCAAGACUAGAAGCAGCCACUAAAUAAUAUGGUGUUCCAAUUUUAAUUUCUGAAUAACUCUAUGAACAUUUUUCACCUGAAUUCCAAGAAUAUAUCAGACAUAUUGAUAGAGUUUGUGUUAAAGGAUCAAAUAUUCCUGUUAGUCUUUAUACUAUAGAUAUGAAUGUGGAUAAUUUACCUCCAAGUAAUGAUCCACAAGUGAAAUACAAAGAUUUGACUAAGGAAGAAUUGAAAAUGCUUUUGAGAUAAAAGAAAUUAGAAAUUAAAGAAUAAGUUGAAAGUGGAGAAUUUAAAGGAGCAGAACAUCUUUUAGAAAAUAAAGAUUUAAGAUUUUUAUUGACUGGAUUUAAAAAAGAUUUUAUGGUAAAUUGUUUAUUUAAUUGAAAUUAGGAAGUAUUUGGUAAGGCAUUUUAAGCUUAUUUGGAUGGAGAUUGGAAGACUGCUCGUGCCAUGUUCUAAGAGGCUCUCAAAAUUAAACCAAAUGAUGGUCCAACAGAAGCUGUUUUACAUAGUAUGGAGGAAACAAAUUAUCAGAAACCAGGUGAUUGGAAAGGAUAUAGAGAAUUAACUGAGAAAUGA